UUAAGCUUCUAUUUCGUUUUUCUUUCUGCAAAUCUGAAGCCAUGGCUAGUGUUGCUACUGCUCCUAUGGCCACCGACAACGUCCCUAAGAAAGCAAGAAACAACAGUAGAAAAGCUUUGAAACAGAAAAAUCCUUCCACUAAUGAAGCCAACAUCAUCGCACAAACCCUCUCUCAAUCUACGAUGCCGGUCCCAUCCCCAGAGACUGACCCUUCAAAGGAGAACCAUGAGAGCCUUUCUCAGCCUCGCUCUGAGCCCAAAAAAGCAGCUGCCAAGGGAAGAGCAAAGAAGACAACAAAAAAUCAAGAUUCUUUUGAGAAAGAUUUGCAAGAUUUGCAAGAAAUGCUUGAGAAGAUGAAAAUAGAAAAGGAGAAGACCGAGGAACUGUUGAAGGAGAAGGAUGAGAUGCUGAAGAUGAAGGACGAGGAGCUUGAUGUGAAGGAAAAAGAGCAGGAGAAGCUUCAGAUGGAGUUGAAGAAAUUGCAGAAAAUGAAGGAGUUCAAGCCCAACAUGGUUUUUCCUAUUAUAAACAAGGAACAAGACAAGAAGGACAAGAAGAAGGGAUGUCCUGAAAAGAAAAGGCCAUCUCCUCCUUACAUUCUGUGGUGCAAAGAUCAAUGGAAAGAGGUGAAGAAAGAGAACCCAGAGGCGGAAUUUAAAGAGAUCUCAAACAUUUUGGGAGCCAAAUGGAAGAAUGUUAGUGCAGAAGAGAAGAAGCCUUAUGAGGAGAUAUAUCAGGCCGAGAAGGAAGCCUAUCUGCAGGUAAUGGCCAAGGGGAAGCGUGAAAGUGAAGCAAUGAAGCUCUUAGAGGAGGACCAGAAACAGAAAACAGCUAUGGAGCUGCUUGAUCAGUAUCUUCAGUUCAAACAGGAAGCAGAAAAGGAGAACAAGAAGACAAAGAAAGAGAAGGAUCCAUUAAAACCAAAGCAUCCUAUGACUGCAUUUUUCCUCUUCACAAAUGAGAGGAGGGCAGCUCUUCUAGCUGAGAACAAGAAUGUUUUGGAGGUGGCUAAGAUAACCGGCGAAGAAUGGAAGAACAUGACUGAAAAAGAAAGAGGGCCUUAUGAGGAGUUGGCAAAGAAGAACAAGGAGAAAUAUGCUCAAGAAAUGGAGGCCUACAAACAAGUGAAGGAUGAGGAAGCUAACAAUCUCAAAAAGGAAGAGGAGGAGCUGAUGAAACUUCAUAAACAGGAAGCCUUACAAAUGCUUAAGAAGAAAGAGAAAACUGAAAACAUAAUAAAGAAAACCAAAGAGAAGCGCCAAAAGAAGAAGCAGAACACUGAUCCUAACAAGCCUAAGAAGCCUGCUUCCUCAUUCCUUUUGUUCAGCAAAGAAGCAAGGCAAGCUUUGUUGCAAGAGCGGCCAGGGACUAACAACUCUACCGUUAACGCACUGAUUGCAGUGAAAUGGAAGGAACUCAAUGAAGAAGAGAAGCAAGUGUGGAAUGCUAAGGCAGCUGUGGCAAUGGAAGCAUACAAGAAGGAAUUGGAAGAGUACAACAAGUCUGUUGUUGCAGCCAUGGAUGACAAAGCACAGCAAUGAAAAGCUUUUUUUAAAAAAA